AUGGUUUUUAAAUGGCUUUGGAGAUAUUUGACGGGGGAUGAAGCUCUUUGGGCUAGGGUGGUUAAAUCCAUUUAUGGUGAGGUGAGCUGGGGGAUUGAGGGAGAAUGCAGGUUGGAGAAUAGGGGUGGGGGAAAGGGAUGGUGGGCGAGAUUAAUUGCGAAGAGUGGGGAGAAGGACGAGAAAUGGUUCUCUAGUAAUAUUUCUCGGCGGGUGGGUGAUGGGAUGAGGAUUAGCUUCUGGGACGAGGUGUGGGUUGGGUGUAAACCUCUGAAAUUCGUCUUCCCUAGAUUAUUCAAUCUAUGUGGUAACAAAAGAGGAUGUGUGGGAGAGAUGGGAUUUUGGGAGAACGGGAACUGGAUUUGGGAGAUCGGAUGGAGAAGGGAGCUGAGAGAUAGGGAAAGAGGGAUGUGGGAGGAGCUGAGGACUUUUUGCUCUCAUAUUACUCCUUGUGCAGGGAAGGAAGACGACUGGCAGUGGAAACCCGGCAAAGACGCAGCUUUUUCAACAAAGACAGGUUAUGAUACCAUUGUGGCUUCUAAAAACGGUCAGCUGACGGAAACGGGUAACGACGCAGCUCAAGUUUGGAAGGCUAAGACUCCCCAUAAGGCAGCUGUGACAGCAUGGAGAGUCUUGCUUAACAGAUUGCCUACAUGUGAUAAUUUGCUUAGGAGAAAUGUUGCAAUUGGUCCUGAAGAGAGAUGGUGUAACUCAUGUGUGAUGCAAGAAGAAACGGCGGAACAUAUCUUUUUGAAUUGCCCCAAAGUUGAGAUGGUCUGGGAUGGAAUUUUGCAAUGGCUGGACAUUAAAACAGCAAAGCCUAAAGGUAUUACUCAACACUUUAAAUCCUUUGUCUUUGGCGCUAGAAGGAAGAAAGGGAGAAAACUACUUCUUGCUCUUUGGGUUGGGAUUGUGUGGCUGAUUUGGAAAUAUAGAAACGAGAGCAGGUUUGAGGGUAGGGUAUGGGAUGCUAAGAAGCUCGUUUUGGAUUUGAAGGGUAGAUUAUGGAGUUGGAACAAAAUAAACCAAUUGGUGGAUGUCAAUGUGCCCUUCUCCUCUUGGUGUUCUUGUGAACAUAAACUCGCUUUUUUGUAA